AUGGAUACGGAAAGCUCCCAUGGACAGGACAGUGAUUUCGCACAAUCACCGUGGGUGGAUAUGGGCGGGUUCUCUCCCUCCCAACAUUCACCGCCACUGGAUUAUCAUGGAUUUGGAUAUGGCGUGAUGCCCUUGGACUCGGCCUACGAUGUGUCGAUACCACCUCCAUAUGCAUCUUUGCCAUUGACGCUGCCAUCCAGCACAUGGCCGAGCAUGCUCACUCCCGGCCAAUAUGCGGAGGCAGGCUUGCCUCCGGUCCCGAUACAACCGUCCGUGACACCGGCUGCACCCAUUCCGCCGCCGCCGCCACCACCACGCAAAGCGUCCACCAGCAGCUCGACGCCGCGGAGGACGCUUACGGAUGAUGAUCGUCGACGCAUGUGCCUCUACCACGAGGAGAACAAGACGGCCAAGCAGACUGACAUUGGAGCGCUCUUUGGAGUGGAAAGAAGCACUGUUUCGAAAGUGCUCCGUCAGAAAGAAAAAUAUCUGAACCCAGAGGACGGGAGUCGAUCUCCUAUCAAGCGAGCCAAAGGGCGAGUCCCUGAUAUCGAAAAGGCUCUUUCCAAUUGGGUAAGAAAUUACCAGCGACAUGGCUAUUCCCUCAGCGAUGAAAUGAUCAGGGAAAAGGCCCUUUUCUUCGCCAGUAACUGUGGUGCCAAUGAAGGAAAAGAAAAAGUCCUGACCACUAGCUGGCUGGAGAAAUUCAAGCAUAAAAAUAAUCUACUGGGUGCUAAAUCUCGCAAGAGUUCCUUCAGCACUACCAAGAGCGACUCGGACAGUCCCACUGGUCUCAGCAUCAAUUCGGCUUUGGCUUCGGCUGUCCAGUCUCCGACUCUCCUAUCCCCGACAUCCCCUGGGUUUACCACGCCGUCCCCAUUGUCCCCGACUCAAAGCCAGGGGCACAUCAAAGCUGAGGCCCUGGCCGAGCUCAUAAGCGAUUACCAACAGCAUAUACAAACCAAGAACGCCACCUCGCUUGAUACCACUGUGGCCAGCCCAACCUCCACGUUGGUAUCGGAAAGUCCUUUCACUCCCACUAGCCAGUCCCGCAACCCCUCUGCGGAUUGUUUUCCUAAUAGGCCGCGAAGCCAAACAUGUCCCCUUAGCACUGUCGACCCCGGAUCUAUGAUUCCAGAUGACUCUUGCGAACAGAUCUCUCCCAGGACUUCCCUCCAGCCACCAUUCCCAGGGACCUUGCAGGAGUCCCCCAUGGAGGACAACCACGAUCCCAAAAAGCUUCCUGGCCUUGAUACUUCGGCCAACAUGAUCAAACGCAACCGGAGCAACCCUGAGAUUCGGGCCAAGACCAUUUACCCACCGCUGUUUUCAAAGUCAACCACCGUUUCUCCUGUCAGUUCUCCGGGCUCUCCCACUCAGGAUGAGGCCCGGAAGGCCCUGGAACUGGUGAUGAAUUAUUUCGAAGCCCAACCUGCUGGUCUUGGGGCGCAGGAAUAUUUGACGAUUGGGAAGUUGAUGGAGCGGCUUGAACUGGCCAAGGGCCAGCAGACUACUCUUCCAGGAGGCCUCACUCGCAUCGAUGAGCAUGAAGAUGCUCCCCACGUCACCAGAAAAAGAAGCAUUCACAGCUUAGGUUAG